GAGGAAAAGGAGGAGGAAGACGGAGGAGGAGAAGAGGUACAGGCACGUUAACCCAGAUGAAGCGCAGGGAGGAAUCUUUGCUCUGAGCUUUUAACCCGAUGCUCAGCCUGGACCUCUGCCUGUUUGUCUGGAGUGAACUCAUCCUUUGGACCUGCUGUUUGUAUCUUUGGUAGAAGCUGUGGAUGCUGGCUGCGAGGCAACAUGAUUGACUACGAGCGUCCCUCUCCAUUAGGCUUCGGGCCGGCUGGGAGGAGUGUGUUGGUUCCUGAACUCCCGGCACACAUACAUACACACACACUGACGGCCAUGCCUCAAAGAUACUCCCACCAGAGGAGGAAAGCCAGCACAGCGGCUGCGAGGAGGAUGGAGAGGAGACGCAGGGAACAGGGGAAAAGCAACAACAACAACCCAACUAGCAGCCACAACCACCGCUCCAAGAAGCUGGCCAUGCUCUCCAGGUCCCUGAUCCUGUGUCACUCCAAGACGAAUGAUGACGGCGUGGAAGAGAUGAAUGCUAGGGACAUGGCAAAUGGGUGCAGGACGCAGGGUUCAAGCUGGAGGACAGAUGUGACAGCUGGGGCUCAAACAGGGUACAGAGAUACAGAGAAUGGACACUGUAGGACGACCCAGCUAUCAGACCUGGAAAAAAGAGGAGAAAGCAAAGCCGAACAUCACUUCCAUCAUACCAACACACUCAGGGAGAAUAAACGAAGCAUGAGGAGAUCCUUCAGCAUCAAGGAGAGCAGUAUUUGGAGGAUGUGUGUAGCCACAGGGCCUGCUGAGGACGUAUGUGGACCACAAAUGGCAGAUAACAGUGGGACACAGAACAAAGACACUAAUGUGGAGCUAGGGAGGACUGGAGGGAACCUACACAGAGGCUGCAGCUUGCCGAGCCCAGACAAGCUGGCACCCUUUAACGGACACUUUCUAAGUGGCAGUGCUUGGAUGGAAGGGGAGCCAGUGAGGAGUGUUCACAUUAAACCCUACAGUGAGGACAUUUCCACACAUGAAGACCAUGUCCAUUCACUGACUAAGAGCCCACAGUACCCGGCUCUCAUUUCCCCAUCAGACCCAAAAUCAUUGCCUGGGUACACAGAUGAAGAACUUGUAGCCAAUAACAACCCCCUCAAGUUACCCAUCCCAGAGGUUAAUGAGGAGAAAUGCUGGGGAACAGAGAAGACUGAGCAGAGCCCACCAGGACAGACAGCCAGCAACAUGACUCGGCCAAAUUCAACUAGUGUUCAGCCAUACUGGAUCGGGGAUUUGGACAGCAUCAUCAUGAAGACCCCGGAGCUGUACAGCUGUCAUCCUCAUGGGAGUAGUGGAAUAUAUGGAAACAGGAAGUCUUUGUCCCAGCAGCUGGAGUUUCCUCACACCACCACACAGCCUGUGCACCGUCCCUCCCGCUCUCUCAGCUCUGCCCAGCUGGUACACUCCUGCAGCAACGUGCAACAAGCCUUCAUUAUUUGUAAUAUAGUGCUGAUGAAGGGCCACGGCAAGGGUCUGGGAUUCAGUAUUGUGGGCGGGAGGGACAGCAUGUAUGGACCAAUGGGAAUCUAUGUGAAAACCAUUUUCCGUGGAGGAGCAGCCGCUGCUGAUGGAAGGCUGCAGGAGGGUGAUGAGAUCCUGGAACUGAACGGAGAGUCUCUUCCUGGUUUGACUCAUGAUGAAGCCCUGCACAAGUUCAAACUAAUUAAAAAGGGUAUGCUGUCUCUCGUGGUGAGGACCAGCCUACGUGUCGGGGCCCUGUGUGGUCAAGCGCAGGUGGCUCAGCUGUGCAGGUCGCGCUCCCUGAGCUCCACCACUGGCAUGGCCAGGGUCAGUGCUGACAUGGGAGACUUCAACUACCUCAACAACACCUGCAGCAACACACUGAGUGUCCCCGGUCACCCUUCUAAACCCAGGGACCGCAUCAUGAUGGAGAUCAUCCUGCACAAAGAGGCUGGUGUUGGUCUGGGUAUUGGACUGUGCUGUGUUCCAUCUGGUGAUGGAUGUCCAGGGAUCUACAUCCACACCCUCUCUCCUGGAUCUGUAGCACACAUGGAUGGUCGACUCCGGUGCGGAGAUGAGAUCAUGGAGAUCAACGACACUGUGGUUUACAACAUGGCGCUGAAUGACGUCUACACAGUCCUGAGCCAAUGCACACCAGGUCCAGUCCACAUCAUCAUCAGUCGCCACCCUGACCCCAAAGUAUCAGAGCAGCAACUGAAUGAUGCCAUCACUCUAGCAGUGGAAAGCAGCAAACUGAGGAAGGAUAAGAGCCAGUGGAGUAUUGAUGGGCUGCGCAGACUGGAGUCUUGCUCUCACAGUCGGCAGAGGUGUGAGCAUUGUCUAGAGAGGAGUUUCAGUCAGGUGACGGUUCGACGAGCACAGAAGACCAUGACCCGCUCCUGUAGCGAUAACACCAACAGCCACCACUACAACCGCUGCCUCAACAUGCACAACCUUCACAACACACACCAUCAGCCAUCAUCACGUGUCCACAGCCUGGACACACCGAAGUCUGUGACAGACACGUGGUUGGACAACAACAGACUGUCUGUGCCCAUGUAUCCUGACGAGGACUAUAAUAUUCCAUACAACUCUCCUCCUGCCAAUAACUCCAGUCAGCAGGCCCUGGAUCUGGCCUUCAGGGGCAGCAAGUCUAACUGCAGGAUGCGUGCUAUUCCACGUCGGUACUGUUGGCCUCAGGAUGUGACCAGUGAGGAGGGCUACAAUGGAGACUCCAGUGGUUCUAGUCGAGGAUCUCCAGUUAGAGACGAAGGACUGGAAUAUUCAUCACACACCAGCUGCCAGGAAGGAGAGCGAAUAAGAGAACAGUUAGAGGGGAGCAAAGACGACUUCACUCAUUCAGACACUGCUGCCUGCACCGACGACAGUCAACACAUAGCAGAGGAUUCAUCAGCAGUGCUCUGCUCACAGCCAAAAAGAGGAGCUCUGAGGAGGCAGGCUCGUAUUGAACAACGCUCCCAAGAGCAGCUUCAGGAUCCUUGGAUUCGCCUUUCAGACACAUCCCCUGAAAAACUGGCCGAGACCCACCGCCAACACGCUGCUGACAGCACAAGGGCCGUCAACCUCAAGUCUUCCACCAUGAGCGAUGAAGAGAGCCCCGCUAAGCUCAAUGGUACAAUCACAGAUGUGACUUCAGAUCCUCAGUCCAAUAUGACCCCUGAAAACACGUGUGAAACUCCAGAAUCGAAGAGGGGGCCCCCGGUGGCACCCAAGCCCACCUGGUUUCGCCAGAGUCUGAGGAAAAUUCGAGAUGAGAAGGACCAGAAGAAGCAGGUUAAACCCACAGAGCAGAUGCCUGCUGUGGGUUUCGGCAGAAGCUUUGCAAUCAGAUCUGCCUCAUCUGCAGCCAACCUGUCAAUCAAACAAAAGAUCCACUCAUUUGAGACUUUUUCCAGUCCAGAGAGUCCAGAAAAGGGGGGGCAUAGGAGGCCUGUGUCCCCUUCCAGCUCCCUUCCUCUGAUGGAGAAGGAGGCCCGGAGGGACCAUGCCUCACUUGAAGACUUUGGGAACAGCAAACAUGGAAUCACCAAAGAGAUCCAGUCAAACCAAACUACAUGUGUUCAGGAGACAGAACACACUGUCUCCACGUCACCCUCUGCUGUCACCUCCUCCUCUUCUCAAGCUGUUCUUCAAACAACAGAAAAGUCCUGGGAAGAUGAAUCUCCCUUUGUCCAGACAGAGACAGAUCUCCCACUCAUUGACUCCAUCAGCACUGAUCUGGACCUGGGGAUGAAUGAUUCACAUUCCCCACCAGCUCAUGAUGACAGCAAUGUCUCACCAUCCAAACAGUUGUCUGAGCUAGAGAGAGUGGAUCUCAGCGAGGUCCUACCCCCGGUGACACCCAGCAGAUCCAAUCAAGAAGAUGGGGAAAGUCCUCCAGAGGGUACGGAGGGGGGUGCAGCACUGAGCCAAGAAAAGCUGCUGAGCACAAGUCUGAGUGCUGGUCUCCCUACAGACAGUACCUCCUUGAGAGGCCUGGAGGCAGAGAAUUUAGGGAAAAUUCUCGCCUUCAGUAACCAGGUUUCACAAGCAUUGAUGCGUUCUCUUCCAAUGUACACCGGCUCUAGUGACCCUCGCUCCCCAAACCUGAAGGACCCCUCAUCAGUGGAUACUACAAACCCUGGGUGUGAUAUUGCUUCUGCAGUGGACAGCAGCGACAGAGGCUUCUCUGUCAGCUUGGCCACACUGAGAGAGUGCACCAUUGAGCGAGAGGAGGGGGGAUCUCAUGUCGAAGCAGGAGUCACUUCUGCUUCUGCUCAUACCGUCAUCUCAGCCAUCUCUUCCCAGGAAAUACAGAGGAUGAUCCAGGAAGUCACAAUUCUGGAUCAAGAGACGCUGAAGCAACUGGUGGACAUCCAUGUUGUGAUUCUGCAUAAAGAGGAGGGAGCAGGUCUGGGAUUCAGCAUCGCUGGCGGCUGUGACCUGGAGACCAAAGCUCUGACAGUGCACAAAGUGUUUCCCAGCGGCCUGGCGGCUCAGGAGGGCACCAUUCAGAAAGGAGAUGAGGUGUUGUCCAUAAACGGACAAACACUGCAGGGCGUCACACAUGCCGAUGCCACCGCUGCUAUGCGUCAGGCCCGGAAUCUAAAGCUGGCUGUUGUGGUCAUUUGCAAGAGAGCAGAGGAGGGAGGCAGAGAGGGGGGAGGCUGCAAGAGCGAAGAGCCUAACGCUUCAGUGGAGGAGCAGGCAGCUCCGGUGAGGGUGGAGCUGGACAAAGGAGCUGGAGGAGUUGGUUUUACUCUGGAGGGAGGAAAAGGCUCGAUCCAUGGAGACAGGCCUUUAGUCAUCAACAGGAUCUUUACAGGUGGAGCUGCGGAGCAGAGCAGUCUGCAGUGUGGAGAUGAAAUGCUGCAGGUGCAGGGAGGCAGUCUGCAGGACAUGACAAGGUUUGAGGCCUGGAACAUGAUCAAGGCUUUACCCGAGGGACCAAUCACAUUGGUCAUCAGGAGGCGAGAGCAACAGGGAGCGACAGAAUGAGACACACUGUGGCUGCUGGGAGCUGCUCGAAAAGGAAAAAGAAAACAUCGGAACUUGGGACACACCAAUGUUGGCCUUCUAACAAACUCCUAGAAAUCAGGUAUAAAUGUGGUCCACCUUUUAUUUUUGUGUUAAGAGUUUUACUUUUUACCUUCAGUAGACAAUCACUUGAUGAUAGCUCAGAGCCUGGCCAGUGUCAUGCUCGCAAGUAAAUAAAGGAGGUGCACAACAUAAUGACUUACUGCAUGAAAUCCGAACAGCUCAUUUAGAUCAGACCGCCACUGUUAAUAUUAGGUCUCACUGUGCUAGGCUACACUGUGGUGAAUGUGUAGCUUCUUGCUUGAUGGCACUCUAUGUUGGCCAGUAUAGUAUUUCUGAAACAACAUCCAAUGUUGCAUCACAACUGUACAAAAACUGCACUGUCAGGACUAAGUUAAUAGAUGUGAUGAUAACACACAAUAUCAAUAUGAAGGAAUCCCUUUACAGAUCCAAACACAGCUGGUAGCCUGUAGUCCACUCUUGGGAUGCUCGUAAGUGACAACACCCAAGUGAACACAACAAACGUCAGCUUCAGUUCCUACUGCUGCAGCAACGUGACACUGUGUAAUUGAAAGAUUAGAUUUCCCCUUCAACAGUUGUCCUAUCAUUACACAUAAACAUGAUUGAGGCUAUUGAUGUUAUGUCCUGCAUCGUGUAAACAAGUUAAAUCAUUCCAGAGCACAACACUUUGUAUUAUUGAUUCAAAAGUCAUGAUUUAUCUUUACGCCUAAAAUGAAGCAGAGUAAAAGGCUGUUUAUUUACUCAUGUUCACAAGAUGGUGACAACUUUUUUCUUAAAAUACAGUAUGAUACAUUAGAUCAGCCAAAAGUAUGACAAGGAGGUGACGGUAUCUGAUCGGUCCAUCACAGUAUAAAUUAACAAGCUACCAAUCAGGCCUCACCAGCCGCCUCUGUCAUCUGCUUCAUAGUUCUGUCUGAUUAGGAGAUAACUACAGGAGACAGUCUGUGCUGCUGUUGUACUGAUGAAAAUGGACAUGCCAUUCAUUAGGUUUCAUCCUUAUUGUUGUCUUUAAUUAAAGAAAGAACAAAUAUGUCGUCACAUAUAUUAAGAGAAUCGUACAGAGUAAAUGUCUCUUUUUUUCCUGCAGCGGUACUGUAUGUAGGGGAGAGCGGGGUAAUGUGAGUAAAAUGUACACAUUUCCCAUUAAUUCAGGAUGUUUUCUAGCAAUGGAAAUGAUCAGAAUGUCUUCAGGACAAAGGCAGUGAAAAUAUGAUUGUUUUUUAAAAAGUGGUCUUGUGUCCCACUUUACCCCAGCUUAGGGGUAAAGUGAGACAGACCAGAGAAAUCAAGGGGGUAAAGUGAUCCACUUACUUUUUCCACUUUAAAACUACCAUAACAACACAUGUUGUAAUAGUUAAAAUCCUGACAGCUAGAUUGACAACCACACAUUCCAAAACUAAUAUCGGACUAGUAACAGAAUCAUGGGGAUUGGUCAAUUAAGCACAUUUAUGAUUAUUAUGAUUCAUGUGAUCUCUUGCGCACCCUAGCUUACCUGCACAUUGUUUCUCUGUCCAAUUGGCAGGGACAGGAAUAUUGUUUUUCUCUGCGUAUGCCAGUUCACGGCACUUAACUGGAGCAAGGCCAUGGAACUGGUCAGCUAGUUGUUUCAAGUGUUUGGCAAGCUCCUCCUCCAUCUCAUCUGUGAAUAUUCUCUUUACCUCAGCUACUGAACCCCAGGCUACUGAUUUUACUUUCCCCUUUCUCUUUUUUCUUUAGGAAUCUUUUUAAGGAUUGUCUUGUCAAUAUUUCUAUCCCUUCCAGCUUUUCUUAAAGACUUCUUUCCUUGCAUGACCUCAGCGGCUGCACUUUCCAUCUCUGCGAGGGGUGUUUGGCCCCAGGUUGUCUUCCUGGUGUAUAGUUUCUUGGCAUUAUGGCUUUUCUACAAUGUUUAUGACAUUAAAAAAUAAAACAUAUGUAAUGUAAUAUUACACAAAAUUAUGUUUAAGACUAAACUUAACUUGUGCUUCAUGUCUCACUUUACCCCACAGCAUUUGUCCCACUUUACCCCACAGCCGACAUUUUAGAAAAAACAUCUCUUAGCAAUUCAGGCUAAUCUUCAGCUAGCAUCAAUCACAUGUUUUUUUAUGUUGGAAGUUCAUCAACAUGUAUACGUUUUUCUACCUGAAUCAAUUUGUUGUGACACAACAGUUGAUUAAGUUCAAAGCAAGAAAAUUUACUUUUACAUGCAAAAAAACAUUUUUUUGUGAAAAAACAUACUUUCCACAGCACCUGCACCAACUUCUCCUUCAAGGCAAGGGGGGAAUGUGAGGGGCUUGAAAACAUAAUGGUCAAAUGACCACAAAUGUGUUCCAUUGCUUAGAUACAGGGGGUGUCUCACAUUACCCAAUGUCUCACAUUACCCCGCUCUCCCCUAUGAUGAAGCUCUGUGGAGCUGUUUUUUGAUUCAGUACCUCAGUUUGACAGCCAUUUACAAAAUGAUGAGUCAGACCAAACUCAGCUGGAAAGUUUCAGUUGUGUGUAUGUGUUCAGUCCUCAGUGCUCAUUGAAGCACAGGGAAAAAUGAUUUGAAUUGACUCAAUCUUUGUUCAUUGAAUGUAUUUAUGAUCCACAAUAAAGAAAAAGUGCACAAUAUUCACACUGAUGCUGUGAGCAAGUGGUCAAUGGGUUGAGAGUGCAGAGCAAGGACUUUGACAAAUGUCAAUUUUUUGUUUCUUUACUCAGAGGAAAGUAUUCAUGGCAAUGGUAAAAACUAUUUUUCUGUAAAAUGUUAGUGUUGUGCAUGCAACAUUUCUCCAUGCUUAAGAUUACCCCAUUGUUCAGUCAGGAUUGAUACACAAACAUGAGGCCUUAAUGUGUACGUAUGCAAGCCAUAAGAAAAAAAAUAUCGCAAUUUACAAAGGGGAUAUUUAUAGAUGAGUCAUAUCUGCGAUAACAAAUUAAAAAUAACUUGUAUUCACUUCACAACGUUUCCUUUUCUGUUUGUAUAUUAAAUGGUUUCCCAAG